AUGAAUGAAUAUUUAGAUUUAAGCCUUUUACACAUACUGAUGAAAACUUUAUGUAUAGUGACACAAUUUGGUGUUAACAGUUUGAGAUUAAUCGUUAUGGAAUAUUUAUUAGAAAUGCGACCGAAUGCGAGAUAA